GGUAGCGGAAGCAAAUCGGAAGUGAGGUAUCUCGCUAGAAACAUGCUUGAAUGGAGGUGACCUUAGUUGUUAUCAAAUUGUAAAGUAAGUUAUCGAUAACUUCCCGGUUAGCCCCGCGGGGGACACGUGCAAAACCCAAGCUGGUUUGAUUUUUUUUUGUUGUUGCUGAUUUUGAGGGAGUGGCGUUAGCAGAGAUGGCAGAGGCACAUCAGACACGCGUGCAGAAUGUGGUGGAAGAAAUGGUCCAGGGUCUGGAGAGGGAUCACAUCCGUAAGAUGCAGGGUCGCAUGUUCCAGUGCAGCGCAGAGUGCUGCGACCGCUCCACAGACUCCAUGGCCCAGGUACAUCAGUGUAUUGAGAGGUGUCACACUCCCCUGGCCCAGGCUCAGGGAUUGGUCACUUCGGAGCUGGAAAAGUUUCAGGACCGUCUGACCAGAUGCACGAUGCACUGUAACGAUAAGGCGAAGGAUCUGUUUGACUCUGGUGCAAAGGAGCCAGCUGUCCGAUCACUGAUGGACCGCUGUGUGGGCAGUUGUGUGGACGACCACAUUAACCUGGUCCCCAGCAUGACCCGAAGACUGAAGGAGAAUUUGGACUCUAUACCACAGUGAGGAGCUGCAUGACUCAAUAGAUGCAUAUAUAUACAGCAGUGCAGGGUUAGAGGCCCAGGAAAUCCAGGGCUGGAACCGUAAGAUGAGAAAAGAAGAAUUUUCAGAGACUUCACUCUGACUGUGCCAUGACGUUUGUUAUCGCAGCUUGACAUGUUCAACCUCUCAGAUCUUAAUUCAUCUACCAUGAGAAAAGAAAAUCAGGACCACAAUUGGUGUCAACUUGUGUGAUUACACGUUUUCUCAAAAUGAGAGAUAUGCUGGUGUGCUUUUUUGAUAAAAUAGUCAAUUUAUCAGACCAGAUGUUUUUUUUCCAGUGUAUAUAUAACCGGUCAGCAUCAAUGCAGAGUCAAGUUUAGUCAUUUAAGAGUGAACUCUUCUGUGAUCAUCUUAAUCUUCUGUUUGUGUGUGUGUGUGAAUUAAAACAAUACAAACUGUUUUUUGGUAGC